AUGCUGCGCAUGAUCAAAGCUCUCUUUUCAUUCUUGUUUGCGGCAGCUGCAGUAAAGGCCGGAAUUACCCCAUCGCCGGCCGGCGAUAUGGCGGCCCUGCUGGCUUUCAAAGAGGAGCUGACCAGCAGAGGCACUGCACUGCUGUCGUGGAAUCAAAGUACCAGUUUCUGCACGUGGGAAGGAGUGAGCUGCGGGCGUCGACACCCGGAGAGGGUGACCGAGAUAGAACUCACCUCCGGCGGCCUCGUGGGCCCAAUCUCCCCCUCCCUCGGCAACCUGUCCUUCCUUCGAAGCCUCAACCUCUCCUUGAACGCACUCCACAGUGGGAUCCCUUCCUCCGUCGCCGGCCUACACCGUCUGCGGUACCUCAACCUCAGCUAUAACUUCAUCGGCGGUGAGAUCCCGAUCGCUCUGAGAAAUUGCUCGGAGCUGAGAAUGAUCAACCUACAUGGCAACCAAUUCACGGGGUCGGUCCCGCCGUGGCUGGGCUCCCUGAUGAGGCUUUCCGGUCUCUACCUAGGCAACAACAGCAUCACCGGAGUCAUACCGGCGUCGCUUGCCAACGCCUCGUCCCUCACCAUGUUGAGCUUCCUCGAGAACCUUAUAGAGGGAACCAUCCCAGAAGGCCUCGGCCACUUUGCGCAACUCUGGUUUAUUCAACUUUCCGGCAACUACCUCUCCGGCUCCAUCCCUACUUCGCUAUACAAUCUGUCCUCUCUGCUCUAUAUCUCCGUGGCGGGGAACCAGUUGCACGGGGAACUUUCAGCUGACAUCGGACGCAAACUCAGCAAUCUUCAGGUGAUCUAUUUGGGAGGCAAUCAGUUCACUGGAGAAAUUCCCGCUUCCAUCACCAAUUGUUCCGGCCUCAAUCGAUUGGAUGUCUCCUUCAAUAGUUUCAGCGGCCGCUUGCCUCGCAACAUGGGGAGAUUAUCAGAGCUUACCCUGUUCUCCAUCGGCGAGAACCAGUUUGAAGCCCAAAACUCCGACGAUUGGGAUUUCUUCACUUCACUGACCAACUGUUCCGCGUUACAACAUGUCUCCAUCGAACUCAAUGACAACUUACGCGGGUCGCUGCCGCCUGCCGUCGCCAACUUCUCCGAGCAACUCCAAGUGCUGAUAGUGGGAGGGAAUGCACUCUCUGGGAGCAUACCAGCCGGGAUCGGGAAUCUCAUCGGUCUGCAAAAACUCGUACUGCACGAGAACUAUUUCACUGGUGGCAUUCCGGAAGGGAUUGGUCAUCUUCUACAACUGCGAGUACUGUUUUUGGAUGACAACAAUCUCUCCGGUCAAAUGCCGCCUUCUCUAGGCAAUCUAACUCAAUUGUAUCUCCUCAAUGCGUCCUACAACGCGUUACAUGGCCCAAUUCCAGCAGCACUUGGACGCUUGCAGAGCCUAACGACAUUGUGGCUAUCAGACAAUUUCCUCGAUGGCGUCAUCCCCAAAGAGCUCUUCAACUUAUCUUUUCUAUUGGACACCAUUGAUUUGAGAUACAAUUUACUCACAGGAUCUCUACCUUCGGAGGUGGGGAACCUACGGAAUAUGAGAAAUUUGUUGGCGUCUGGAAAUAGAUUGCAAGGUCAAAUACCCAAUUCACUCGGUGAUUGUCAUGUAUUGGAGUACUUGACCUUGGACGAUAACUUAUUCCAAGGUAGCAUUCCUUUGACUCUCGCCAACGUAGCAGGACUCACAGGUCUAAACCUGACGAAAAAUAAUUUGUCCGGCGAGAUUCCCCGAACACUGAGUUCCAUAAGUGGGCUUCAAGAGCUAUACCUUGCACAUAAUAAUUUGUCAGGUGCCAUUCCUGCAUUCUUACAGAAUUUGAGCUCUCUAUUUGCAGUUGAUCUCUCUUUCAAUCAGCUGGAGGGUGCAGUGCCAACCAAGGGCGUGUUCCAGAACAUCUCUCGCUUUUCGAUCGUAGGGAAUGAUGGACUCUGUGGAGGAAUUCAAGAACUUCACUUACCUUCGUGUCCCAUGCAUUCUUCUGAAAGAAAACACUCUAAAUCGACUCCACUUCUGAUCACUGUACCUACUCUUUGCUUCUUCUUCUUCUUGUUGCUCCUCUCGGUUCUUAUUUAUCGGAGGAAGAAAAAGCAGGAGGAGUCACCAACAUCGUCUUCUCCGUUGGGCAUGCACUAUCCUAUAAUCUCAUACUUUGAGCUGUCAAAGUCGACAGCAGGAUUCGACGCCUCCAAUCUCAUUGGCAAAGGAAGGUAUGGCUCGGUGUACAAAGCAACUCUAGAUCGCGACGGCAAAAUUGUUGCAGUGAAGGUGUUUGACCUUCAGCAAUUUGGCUGCUCUCGGAGUUUCUUAACAGAGUGCGAGACUUUAAGCCGCAUCUGCCACCGGAACCUUGUCAAGAUCAUAACCUGUUGCUCCAGCGUUGACUCAAACGGCAAUGACUUCAAGGCUAUAGUCUUCGAUUUCAUGCCGAAUAAGAGCUUAGACAGGUGGUUGCACCCACAACUUGAAUGCAAUGGAGAGCAUCAGCAAAUAAGCAAUAUAAGCCUGAAGCAGAGGUUGAACAUAGCCAUUGAUGUUGCUGAAGCUUUGUAUUAUCUCCACAGCUGUUGCAAGCCACCCGUGGUCCAUUGCGACCUGAAGCCAAGCAACAUUCUCCUGGAUGAGGACAUGGUGGCUCAUGUUAGCGACUUUGGGCUCGCUAAGAUCCUCCCUGAAGCUAUAAGCAAAUCCUUGGCGGAAUCCACCAGCUCAAUUGGAUUGAGAGGAUCUAUUGGCUAUGCCCCUCCAGAGUAUGGAGAAGGCAGCCCUGUCUCCACGAGUGGAGAUGUCUAUAGUUUUGGGGUAUUUCUAUUGGAGCUACUCACCGGGAAGAGCCCCGUCGAUGAGAUGUUUAACGAAGGACUAACUCUGGCCAAGUUUGUGGGGAUGAGAGGAGCCAUGGAGAUAGUUGAUCCUGCGUUGCUCGGGCAGGACAAUGAAGAAAUCCACUGGUGGAACAAUAUCGAAGAGUGUUCGACUUCCCUUGCAAGGGUCGGUCUCGCGUGCGCUCAUCAGGCGCCACGCGAUCGAAUGUGCAUGCGAGACGUCGUUGCCGAUCUGCGUACGAUCAAGAACGUGUUCGCCGGAAAGACUGAAACCAUCAGCCAAGAACAGAGACCUUAG